GGUCCUCGUUUGCUCUUUGUUUCAAGGGUUCUCUCUUCUUGGGGGAAUUUUCUGUGAGAGAUCUCUGGUCUUUUGCAGCUUUAGAUCUCCCUUCCUAAAAAACGGCACCAAAAUUUGAAAAAUUAAAUACAGAAGAAAAACAAACAAAGAACAGCAAAGAGAAAAAAGGAACUGUAAAUCGAAAAUAAAACAGCAACAACUAAGAAAACAUUUAAUUCAUUGAAUUAGGGUUUUUGUUUUUUGUUAUACAAAACACGAUCGCAAAAUGGAUAUGAGAUUUCCGUACUCGCCGGCGGAGGUCGCUAAAGUCCGCAUGGUGCAGUUCGGCAUACUCAGCCCCGACGAGAUUAGACAAAUGUCUGUGGUGCAAAUUGAGUUCAGUGAAACAACAGAGAGGGGAAAGCCUAAGCCAGGUGGUUUAAGUGAUCUUAGGCUUGGUACAAUUGAUAGAAAGAUGAAGUGUGAGACUUGCACAGCAAAUAUGGCCGAGUGUCCAGGUCAUUUUGGUCACUUGGAGUUAGCGAAGCCAAUGUUUCAUAUAGGCUUUUUGAAGACGGUGCUGAGCAUUAUGCGAUGUGUUUGUUUCAACUGUUCCAAGAUUUUGGCUGACGAGGAAGACCACAAGUUUAAGCAAGCCUUGAAAAUAAAGAAUCCCAAGAACAGGCUUAAAAAGAUCCUUGAUGCAUGCAAAAAUAAGACUAAAUGUGAAGGUGGGGAUGAUAUAGAUGUCCACAGUCAAGACACUGAUGAGCCAGUGAAGAAGAGUCGUGGUGGGUGUGGUGCUCAGCAGCCAAGGAUGACUAUUGAAGGUAUGAAGAUGAUUGCAGAGUACAAGGCCCAAAGGAAGAAAAAUGAUGACCAGGAACAGCUGCCUGAACCUGUUGAAAGAAAACAGACACUUACCGCAGAAAGGGUUCUUGGUGUUUUGAAAAGAAUAAGUGAUGAUGACUGCCGAUUGUUAGGAUUUAAUCCAAAGUAUGCUCGUCCAGAUUGGAUGAUUUUGCAAGUCCUUCCAAUUCCACCACCUCCUGUGAGGCCCUCUGUGAUGAUGGAUACAUCCUCUAGGAGUGAGGAUGAUUUAACUCAUCAACUGGCAAUGAUUAUUAGGCAUAAUGAGAAUCUGAAAAAGCAGGAGAAGGGCGGAGCACCUGCACACAUCAUAUCGGAGUUUGCACAGUUGUUGCAGUUUCAUGUAGCCACAUAUUUUGACAAUGAGUUGCCAGGACAACCAAGGGCUACACAGAGAUCUGGGAGACCUAUUAAAUCGAUUUGCAGUAGGCUCAAGGCCAAGGAAGGCCGGAUUAGGGGUAACCUGAUGGGGAAACGUGUGGAUUUUUCUGCGCGGACAGUUAUAACUCCAGAUCCCAAUAUCAACAUAGAUCAGUUAGGUGUGCCUUGGAGUAUUGCACUGAAUCUGACCUAUCCGGAAACUGUGACUCCAUAUAACAUUGAAAGGUUGAAGGAGCUUGUUGAGUAUGGACCACAUCCUCCACCUGGUAAAACUGGUGCAAAGUAUAUCAUAAGAGAUGACGGUCAAAGGCUCGAUCUUCGUUAUUUGAAGAAAAGCAGCGAUCACCAUUUGGAACUUGGUUACAAGGUCGAGAGGCAUUUGAAUGAUGGUGACUUCGUGCUCUUCAAUCGUCAACCAAGUCUCCAUAAAAUGUCUAUUAUGGGGCAUAGAAUCAAAAUUAUGCCAUACUCAACAUUCCGUUUAAACUUGUCUGUUACGUCUCCAUACAAUGCUGAUUUUGAUGGUGAUGAAAUGAACAUGCAUGUUCCUCAAUCAUUCGAAACUAGAGCAGAGGUGCUGGAGCUGAUGAUGGUGCCUAAGUGCAUUGUGUCACCUCAAUCAAAUCGGCCUGUGAUGGGAAUUGUCCAGGAUACACUUCUAGGAUGUCGUAAGAUCACCAAGAGGGAUACCUUCAUAGAAAAGGAUGUUUUUAUGAACAUCUUGAUGUGGUGGGAAGAUUUUGAUGGGAAAGUUCCUGCUCCUGCAAUUCUGAAGCCCCGACCACUUUGGACAGGGAAACAAGUUUUUAAUCUUAUUAUCCCAAAGCAGAUAAAUCUUAUUAGAACUGCAGCGUGGCACUCAGAUUCUGAAAGAGGAGUUAUUACUCCAGGAGAUACUCUGGUCCGAAUAGAAAAGGGGGAGCUACUAUCUGGAACUGUUUGCAAGAAAACUCUUGGGACUUCUACUGGAAGUCUUAUUCACGUCAUUUGGGAAGAGGUUGGUCCGGAUGCGGCUCGCAAAUUCUUAGGGCAUACACAGUGGCUUGUGAAUUAUUGGCUGUUGCAAAAUGGUUUUAGCAUCGGAAUUGGUGAUACAAUUGCUGAUGCAGCAACUAUGGAGAAAAUCAAUGAAACUAUCUCAAAUGCAAAAAAUGCAGUGAAGGAACUUAUUAGGAAAGCCCAAAACAAGGAGUUAGAGCCUAAACCUGGACGGACCAUGAUGGAAUCAUUUGAAAAUGAAGUUAACCAGGUGUUAAAUAGAGCUCGUGAUGAUGCGGGAAGCAGUGCACAAAAAAGUUUAUCUGAGAGUAACAACCUCAAGGCCAUGGUUACUGCAGGAUCAAAAGGGAGUUUUAUUAACAUAUCACAGAUGACUGCUUGUGUGGGGCAACAAAAUGUUGAGGGUAAGCGAAUACCAUAUGGGUUCAUUGAUCGAACACUGCCUCACUUCACCAAGGAUGAUUAUGGCCCAGAAAGUCGUGGUUUUGUGGAGAACUCAUAUCUACGUGGAUUGACUCCUCAGGAGUUCUUUUUUCAUGCUAUGGGUGGUAGGGAAGGUCUUAUUGAUACUGCUGUGAAGACUUCCGAGACUGGGUACAUCCAGAGACGACUAGUGAAGGCCAUGGAGGAUAUCAUGGUUAAAUAUGAUGGCACUGUUAGGAAUUCACUGGGGGAUGUUAUUCAGUUUCUAUAUGGGGAGGAUGGUAUGGAUGCUGUCUGGAUAGAAUCACAGAAGCUGGAUUCGCUGAAAAUGAAGAAAUCAGAAUUUGAUAGAGUUUUCAAAUAUGAACUUGAUGAUGAAAAUUGGAACCCUACUUACAUGUAUCAGGACCAUAUUGAUGAUUUGAAAAAUAUUCGUGAAUUGCGUGAUGUAUUUGAUGCUGAAGUUCAAAAACUUGAAGCAGAUAGAUACCAGCUUGGAACUGAGAUUGCAACCACAGGUGAUAGUUCAUGGCCAUUGCCUGUUAACCUCAGGAGGCUUAUCUGGAAUGCACAGAAGACCUUCAAGGUUGAUAAAAGAAGGCCCUCAGACAUUCAUCCAAUGGAAGCUGUUGAAGCUGUUGAUAAGCUACAGGAGAGAUUGAAAGUCGUUCCAGGGGAUGAUCCUCUGAGUGUGGAAGCGCAGAAGAAUGCCACACUUUUCUUUGGAAUUUUACUUCGCAGCACUCUUGCCAGUAAAAGAGUGUUGGAGGAUUACAGGCUCACUCGUGAAGCAUUUGACUGGGUUAUUGGAGAGAUCGAAUCAAGGUUCUUACAGUCAUUAGUAGCGCCAGGGGAAAUGAUCGGUUGUGUUGCUGCACAGUCAAUCGGAGAGCCUGCAACUCAAAUGACUCUUAAUACCUUUCACUAUGCUGGUGUUAGUGCUAAGAAUGUGACUCUUGGUGUUCCCAGGCUGAGGGAAAUUAUUAAUGUGGCUAAAAAGAUUAAAACACCUUCUCUUUCUAUUUUUUUGAUCCCUGAAUGUAACAAAACCAAGGAGAGGGCUAAGAAUGUUCAGUGUGCUUUGGAGUACACUACUCUACGGAGUGUUACUCAAGCUACGGAAGUGUGGUAUGAUCCGGAUCCCAUGAGUACCAUUAUAGAAGAGGAUGUUGAUUUUGUGAAGUCAUAUUAUGAAAUGCCAGAUGAAGAGAUUUCACCAGAAAAAAUCUCUCCUUGGUUGCUUCGCAUAGAAUUGAAUCGUGAAAUGAUGGUUGAUAAGAAGCUUAACAUGGCUGACAUUGCUGAGAAGAUCAAUCUUGAAUUUGAUGAUGAUUUGACAUGUAUUUUUAAUGAUGAUAAUGCUGAGAAACUGAUCCUUCGCAUUCGUAUCAUGAAUGAUGAAGCCCCAAAAGGGGAGCUGAAUGAUGAGUCAGCUGAGGAUGAUGUUUUCCUGAAAAAGAUUGAGAGUAAUAUGCUGACUGAAAUGGCUCUUCGGGGCAUUCCAGAUAUCAACAAGGUUUUCAUUAAACAAAGUAAAGUGAGCAAGUUUGAUGAGAAUGAAGGAUUUAAGACAAUUGAGGAAUGGAUGCUGGAUACGGAGGGUGUCAAUCUCCUAGCUGUUAUGUGCAAUGAGAAUGUUGAUGCGAGGAGGACGACCAGCAAUCACUUGAUUGAAGUUAUUGAAGUUCUUGGUAUUGAGGCAGUUCGUCGUUCACUUCUCGAUGAGUUGAGGGUGGUCAUAUCUUUCGAUGGAUCUUAUGUGAAUUACAGACAUCUGGCUAUAUUGUGUGAUACCAUGACCUAUCGUGGCCAUUUGAUGGCAAUUACCCGUCAUGGUAUCAAUAGGAAUGACACGGGGCCGUUAAUGAGAUGCUCAUUUGAAGAGACAGUGGACAUUCUACUUGAUGCUGCUGUGUAUGCUGAAGCAGAUUAUUUGAGGGGUGUCACUGAAAAUAUAAUGCUUGGCCAGCUUGCACCAAUUGGCACAGGAGACUGUGCUUUGUAUCUCAAUGAUGAUAUGUUGAAAAAUGCUAUUGAGCUUCAGCUCCCAAGUUAUAUGGAUGGCCUGGACUUUGGAAUGACUCCUGCUCGUUCUCCAGUCUCGGUUACUCCUUACCAUGAUGGAAUGAUGUCUCCAAGUUAUUUGCUGAGCCCAAGUCUUCGUCUAUCACCCACAACAGAUGCUCAAUUUUCGCCGUAUGUUAGCGGAAUGCCAUUCUCUCCUACUUUAUCUCCUGGCUAUAGUCCAUCAUCUCCAGGUUACAGCCCAUCAUCUCCUGGGUACAGUCCUACAUCGCCUGGGUAUAGUCCUACAUCCCCUGGGUACAGUCCUACUUCACCCGGUUACAGUCCUACUUCACCCACCUAUAGCCCAAGUUCUCCUGGCUAUAGCCCAACCAGCCCUGCUUAUUCUCCUACAAGUCCAUCUUAUUCCCCUACUUCCCCAAGUUAUAGUCCCACAUCUCCCAGUUACAGUCCCACAUCUCCUAGUUACAGCCCGACCUCUCCAAGUUAUAGCCCAACUUCCCCAAGUUAUAGCCCUACAUCACCCGUAUACAGUCCCACAUCACCUGCAUAUAGUCCCACAUCACCUGCAUAUAGUCCUACCUCGCCAUCAUACAGUCCGACUUCUCCUUCCUACAGCCCGACCUCUCCCUCGUACAGCCCGACUUCUCCUUCAUACAGCCCCACAUCACCAUCGUACAGCCCAACUUCGCCUGCUUAUAGCCCCACUUCCCCAGGUUACAGCCCAACCUCCCCAAGCUAUAGUCCGACCUCCCCAAGCUAUAGUCCGACCUCCCCAAGCUACAAUCCUCAGUCAGCAAAGUACAGUCCAUCGCUGGCAUACUCACCUAGCAGUCCAAGGUUGUCACCUUCCAGUCCGUAUAGUCCUACAUCUCCUAAUUACAGCCCCACAUCCCCUUCAUAUUCACCUACAUCUCCAUCAUACUCCCCUUCAAGCCCAACAUACAGUCCCAGCAGUCCUUACAAUUCUGGAGUCGGCCCUGAUUAUAGCCCGAGUUCUCCACAAUACAGUCCUAGUGCUGGGUACUCACCAAGUGCACCCGGAUACUCGCCCUCAUCAACCAGCCAAUACACUCAAACGAGUACAAAGGAUGACAGGACUGAUAAAGGUGACAGGAAUGGGAGAGACAAUAAGGAUGAGAAGAGCAGUCGAUAAGACAUUUGGAGAAGUUGCAGUGUCUGUCAAGGAACCCAUAGACCACUAUUGCAUAGCUUUUUGAUUUUCAGAAUCUCGUAUUACUGUAUUGAGCAAACUGUUGAAGUGGAACUAAAAUGUUUUCACUACUUUGUAGUUAUCAUUUGCAUUUCAAGUGCACAUGUCACCCUUCACAUAAAGCGUGCAAAUUACAAGUGGUUAAUCUUUUGUAAUCAUAUAUACAAAUAUGUACAUGUCUUAAUGCAAUUUCCUGUAUCUGCAGCAAUUCUGCUGGCUAAUUGGUUA